UUAAAUGACUUUUGGCACUGUUAUUUUCAGUCCGUGAGAUCUCUACUCCUCUCGACUAAAGAGAAAAACCCCAAAACCCUAACCCUAAACCUGUUCCUUUUAGACAUCGCAUUAAGCUCAACAUGAGUAGGCCAAUGGAUGAGGAGGCCCCUGGAGCCAAGAACGAGGAAGAGGAGUUCAACACUGGGCCUCUCUCUGUUCUGAUGAUGAGUGUUAAAAAUAACACACAGGUGCUCAUUAACUGUCGAAACAACAAGAAGCUUCUAGGCCGUGUGAGGGCAUUUGAUCGGCACUGCAACAUGGUUCUAGAAAAUGUCAGGGAGAUGUGGACUGAGGUACCAAAGACUGGUAAAGGCAAGAAGAAAGCUCAUCCCGUCAACAAAGAUAGGUUUAUCAGUAAGAUGUUUCUUCGGGGAGACUCUGUUAUCAUUGUCCUUAGGAACCCUAAGUGAGAAUUGUAGCAGUUGGUAUUGAUCAUCCCGAUGCUAUGCUGAGUCCAGUCCAUGGCAUGUUAUCAUUUCACUUUACUGGAGGUGUCCUUACAAAAACCGUAUGUUAAUGGCCUUUACGUUUUGCUCAUGACUUGUUGAUCACUGGUAAUUGCCCUUAUUCUAAGAUUGUUAUGACAAAUAUAUGACCUGGCUGAGGAUUUAUGUUUUUGUUGGCCACAAUUCUGUGCACUGCCAUAUAUUCUGGACUCAUCUUUGUUGGGCUGCCUAUUGCCAUCUCUCUCAGCUCCCUUCACUCCCUUCUCCUUUUAAUGUUUAAAAUUUUCUCAGAUUAUGUUAUUCUUUAAUGGUUGUCUUGU